UCAGUCAGACUGCCACCUUCUUAUCACGCUUAAUCAUCUUGCUGUUUGGAGACCUACUGUGCCGAGUCCCAGGCAGAGAUGGCCAGUGUCAGCGCCCCGCUUGUGAUGCGGAUAGUGGCAAGUUCGAUCCAGAUUGCCGGCCGUGCGGGUCGAAUCAUCCGAGACGUAAUGGCCAAGGGCGAUUUGGGCAUUGUCGAGAAGGGCAAAGAUGACUUGCAGACGGAGGCGGAUCGAUCGGCACAACGAUGCAUUGUUGCUUCGCUGACGAAGUUGUUUCCCGGUGUAACCAUCAUUGGCGAGGAAGGGUCCAGUGAUCUCAAGGUCCCAGACGAUUGGAUUAUUUCCGAUUUCAAUUCAGAAUUUUUGGAACGCAAUACCUGUCCGGAUGCGCUGAGGCAAGUUAAGGAAUCAGAUUUGGUUAUUUGGGUUGAUCCGCUGGAUGGAACUGGUGAAUACACGCAAGGCUUUUUGGAACGUGUCACGGUACUCAUAGGUAUUUCGGUAAAUGAUAGAGCUGUGGGUGGAAUAAUUCAUCAACCGUACUUCUCAACGGAUUCUAAAGAGUUUGGCCGUACUAUUUGGGGAGUAAAAGAUAUCGGAACGGGUGGUUUUGUGCCCGAAAAUGCCCCUUCGGAUCGAUUCAUAGUGACAACCACCAGAUCACAUUCCAAUGCAGUCGUUCAGGCAGCACUCGAUGCACUUUCUCCGGACGAAAUUUUAAAAGUGGGUGGGGCUGGGUAUAAAGUUUUACAACUUUUGGAAGGUAAGGCUCACGCAUAUGUGUUUGCAAGUGCAGGGUGUAAGAAAUGGGACACAUGCGCUCCUGAAGCAGUUCUAGAGGCACAAGGAGGAAUGCUUACAGACAUUCUGGGCCGUCACUACCGUUAUGGCAGCGACGUAAGCUAUCCGAACGCUUGUGGCGUACUCGGUACAGCCAAAGGAAUUUCGCAUGACGAAAUUCUGGCUAAGCUACCUGAGAGCGUCAAACAAGCUAUGAACAAAACUACUUAACUAAAGUUUUAGUAAGGUUACUAGUACAAUUCACUUGACUAUUAAAAUCCCCGAAAUUUAUUGUCA